AUGGAAGAUAAUUCAAUGGACAUUGAUGAUCAACCUACAUCAUCUAAAUCUGCUGGAAAAUCCAAAGAUCAUGGAAAAAAACGGUUUGAAGUUAAAAAGUGGAACGCAGUAGCUUUAUGGGCUUGGGAUAUUGUCGUUGAUAACUGUGCUAUAUGUAGAAAUCAUAUUAUGGAUUUAUGUAUUGAAUGUCAAGCAAAUCAAGCUUCAGCUACCAGUGAAGAAUGUACAGUGGCUUGGGGAAUUUGUAAUCAUGCUUUUCACUUUCAUUGUAUUUCUCGUUGGCUUAAAACUCGACAA